AUGUACGUUAUAAAAAGAGAUGGAAGGAAAGAGCCUGUCAGAUUUGACAAGAUCACGGCCAGGAUUACAAGACUUUGCUAUGGGUUAGAUCCGAAACGUGUUGACCCUGUUAUAGUCACUCAGAGAAUCAUUUCUGGUGUCUAUGAAGGUGUGAGCACUGAAGAAUUGGAUAACCUAGCCGCAGAAACAGCCGCAUACAUGACUACUAUUCAUCCUGAUUACGGUACUUUGGCUGCUAGGCUUGCGAUUUCUAAUUUGCACAAGCAAACUACGAAACUGUUUUCUCAGGUUGUUAGUGACCUGUAUCACUAUGUUAAUCCUGCUAACGGGAAGCACGCUCCUAUGAUUUCAGAUAAGGUCUACGACAUUGUGAUGAAAAACAAAGAACUGUUGAAUUCCACUAUUGUUUAUGACAGGGAUUUUGCAUACAAUUACUUUGGUUUCAAGACACUAGAACGGUCAUACUUGCUGAGAAUUAACGGUAAAGUGGCGGAACGUCCCCAACAUUUGGUUAUGAGAGUGGCCUUGGGUAUCCAUCUGGAUGAUUUAGAAUCUGUCGUAAGGACAUACAAUUUGAUGUCAAUGAGAUACUUCACACACGCCUCCCCCACUCUAUUCAAUGCUGGUACCCCAAGACCACAGAUGUCAUCAUGCUUUUUGAUUGCCAUGAAAGAUGACUCCAUUGAGGGAAUUUUUGACACUUUGAAGGAGUGUGCUAUGAUAUCGAAAACUGCAGGUGGUAUCGGUUUGCACAUUCACAAUAUUCGUUCAACUGGGUCGUACAUCGCCGGUACCAAUGGGACGUCGAAUGGUCUGAUUCCAAUGAUCCGUGUCUUCAACAACACAUCACGUUAUGUCGACCAAGGUGGUAACAAAAGACCUGGUGCCUUUGCUUUGUAUCUAGAACCAUGGCACGCUGAUAUUUUUGACUUCAUUGAUAUCAGGAAAAAUCACGGGAAGGAAGAGAUCAGGGCAAGAGAUCUAUUCCCCGCUUUAUGGAUCCCCGACCUUUUUAUGAAGCGUGUGGAAGCUAACGGCGAUUGGACCUUGUUUUCGCCGAGCGAUGCUCCAGGUCUAUCUGAUGUUUGGGGUGAAGAGUACGAGCAACUUUAUGAAAGGUAUGAAAGGGAGGGUCGUGGUAAGACAAUUAAAGCACACAAAUUGUGGUACGCAAUCCUGGAAGCUCAGACCGAAACUGGUACGCCAUUUAUGAUUUACAAAGAUGCGUGUAACAGGAAGAGUAACCAACAGAAUUUGGGAACAAUCAAAUCCUCUAACCUGUGUUGUGAAAUUGUCGAGUAUUCUGCACCAGAUGAAACAGCAGUUUGUAACCUUGCCUCGAUUGCUUUACCGGCCUUCAUAGAGACAUCGGAAGAUGGGAAAGUGUCCACUUAUAACUUCGAUAAGCUACACGAGAUUUCCAAGGUUGUUACUCACAACUUGAACAGAGUCAUCGACAACAACUACUAUCCAGUUCCGGAAGCUGAAAACUCCAAUAUGAGACAUAGACCAAUUGCUUUAGGUGUUCAAGGUCUUGCUGAUACUUAUAUGCUGCUGCGUUUACCGUUUGAGUCGGAGGAAGCCAGGACUUUGAACAAACAAAUAUUUGAAACAAUCUACCAUGCGUCUUUGGAGGCAUCUUGUGAACUGGCUCAAAAGGAUGGAACAUACUCCUCCUGGGAGGGUUGCCCAAUGUCUAAGGGUAUUUUCCAAAUGGAUAUGUGGGAUGCCAAACCGUUUGGGAUGUGGGAUUGGGAAACAUUGAGAAAAGAUAUUAUUGAGCAUGGGUUGAGAAACUCUUUGACAAUGGCCCCAAUGCCAACUGCUUCAACAUCUCAAAUUAUGGGCUAUAACGAAUGUUUCGAACCCCUCACCUCCAACAUGUACCAGCGUCGUGUCCUGUCCGGUGAAUUUCAAGUCGUCAAUCCAUACUUGCUUCGGGACUUGGUUGAUUUGGGUGUCUGGGACGAAAGUAUGAAACAACAUUUAAUUACGGCCAACGGUUCCAUCCAAGGUUUGCCAAAUAUCCCAGAUGAGUUGAAAGAGUUAUACAAAACGGUUUGGGAAAUAUCUCAGAAAAAGAUUUUGGAAAUGGCUGCCGACCGUUCCAUCUACAUUGAUCAAUCUCAUUCUUUGAACUUAUUUUUACAAGCUCCAACAAUGGGUAAAAUCACCAGUAUGCAUUUCUACGGUUGGAAGAAAGGUUUGAAGACUGGUAUGUACUAUCUGAGGACACAAGCUGCAUCUGCUGCAAUUCAGUUCACCAUUGAUCAAAAGGUAGCUGAUAGGGCUGCUACCAUGGUCGCAGAUCUCGCUAAUUUGAAACGUCCAAGAUACGUCCCGCAAGGCACCAAAUUCACUGAACGUUUGGCAAAAAUUAACGAACAUUCUAUGCCUCCGACGGCUUUGAGGGAAAUAUCCAAUUUAACUUUGGAAGAUCAUUCGCUUGAGACUCCCAGAACAUCUUCUAACGAAAAGAUAUCUUCUAACGUUACCGCCGUUAUUAUAGAGGAAGGUUGCGAGGUGACCAGUCAAUGA